AGUGUUAUCAUUAAAGUCAAAAUGGCGAAGAGAAACGACCUCACGCGUUUGCUGCAAACAGAUUACGAUUUUUUUGCAAUUGGAGAAGGCAAACUAUGUGAAAGUCUAGGACACAUAUAAACAGCCUUUUUGAUUUAGGAUGAAUUACUUGGGCCGUCUUGUAACCAACGUACGGGGAUUUUACAGCGAGAUAAACUCUGCCACUCUGACUGGUGCGAUCGAUGUGGUUGUUAUUCGCCAAGAAGAUGGCUCAUUCGUGGCAUCUCCCUUCCAUGUGCGAUUUGGAAAACUUGGAGUUCUUCGGAGUCGGGAGAAAAUAGUUGACAUCGAGGUGAAUGGUAACCCUGUACCGCUACACAUGAAGCUAGGCGAUGCAGGGGAGGCCUUCUUUGUUGAAGAGAUUGAAGAGCCCCUGGACUGUAGAAAUGAAAUGGCCACAUCACCAAUACCACCAUUUGAUGAUAACACCAUUGCAGAAGAAGUUCCAGAUUUCAAGAUUGAUGAAAAAGAAGGUAAAGAAGCCGAUAAAAAAACUGAAGAAAAAGAAAAUAAGGACGAAUCUAGUAACAAAUUAACAGACAAUGAUCUGCAGCAGGAAUGUGAUUCCCCCACUGUUCCUGUGGGUGAUAAUUUAGGUUCAAGUGCGGAAUUAGACAGAGACAAUUUAAAAACUCCAACUAAAGACAUGGACACAGAAUCACAGAUCACUGAAGAAGCAGUUACACCAACCAAUGAGUGCCCGCCUCUAGCAAACCAAGAAGACAAAUCAGAAGAUAAAUCGGAGGUUAUAAGCGUUGAGUGUAUAGCAAGAGCAAAGUCUGAAGAGGAACAAUCUACGGAAGAGGCAAAGAAAGCAAUUGAAGAGUUCUUAGAAGAUCAAGACUGUGCAACUGUGAAAGAGCUCCAUGUUGACAUUCCAAAUUCAACUAGCUCACACAUGGUGGAUAUCUGUCCUUCAUAUUCCGUGUCAGACAGCAUCCUUAUUCCUGGAAGGGGGAGAGCAGAGAUCCUCUCAGAUAGUGAUUCUUCUAAUUGGAUGACAGACUCUACAUCCCCGCCAGUGCCUCACAGCUUUCCCCAUGAUUACCCCUACCCACUCUCAGACCUCGACUCACCCAUCGGCUCGCCUCCAGAUGGCAGCGGCAUCCACAUGCGCCCGGGGAACUAUAACCCACAACACUGUUUAAGUGACACCGAAGCAGAAAUUCAACAUUGCCAGGAGAGCAUCAGAGAAGAUGAAAUCUCUUGGGACUGGGGGAAACUGCCAAAGGGAUCAGAAAAUUUGUAUCCUCUUGACAGAAAGAUAACUGACCUAAAGCGAGAAGAAACUGGUUUUCACCACAGAAAGAAGCCUCAUCACUCCCGAGCACACAAAAUAAAAGAGGAGGGGAUAUAUUUAGAUGAUCUCACAUCAGUGGAUGACGAAAUAGCAAGACUCUACCUCAAUCAAGCGCUAAAAACAGAAAAGAAAACAAGCCAGUUUGCAGAAGACAUUGAGUCUGGCAUUGGCCAAUCACUGCCAAGUUCGCCCACUGCUGAGGAAUCCUUACAGAAAACCUCAAAUGUGGAUUCUUACCAUGACAUUGCCAUGUCACUUUGUGGGGAGCUAAGAAGCGGCAAAGUCCCCCUAGAGAGCUUUAUGAAGCGCAUGGUGAACUAUGAAGACUUGUCCAACAACCCUGCCCUCCUGGCCAACCCAAACCUAGUCAUCAGAAUUAAUGAUAGAUAUUAUAAUUGGCAGAUAGCAGCACCAAUGUUGAUGUCGUAUAUUGUAUUCCAGAGACCUCUACAACAGGAGACAGCAAGGUUAUUGGUGAAGCAGCACAUGCCUAGAAAGGAAAAAAGGCGAUCAUAUUGGUUUUCCUGGCGACAAAACUAUGAUGACCAGAGCUCUGAUGACGAAGACGAUACGGCAAAAGACAACCACCGCCCAAGACUGCAUAGCAACUCACGUAAACACCUAAACGCAACUUCCGCCACCCCCAGUAGUACCCCCACAAGAACAGCUGAAUACCUCGAGGGGGAAGGGGACGGGGACAUCGACAGGGAAGUAGAGGAACAGGACCCACUACUUACGGGACCACGGAGAGAGCGGAAUAUCUCUGAGUGCACGAGCGGGAAUGAAUCUGAUAUGGUGAACUUUCGGAAGACGACCAGGCUUUCUUCUGAACAGCUGGCUAACCUUAAUCUUCGUGAGGGGGCGAACAGCAUCGAGUUUUCUGUAACAACUAAGUACCAAGGUACAGCAGUGUGCCAAGCGACCAUCUAUCUGUGGAACUAUGAUGACAGGAUCGUGAUCUCUGAUAUAGACGGAACCAUUACUAAGUCGGAUGUGUUGGGGCAGAUUCUUCCUGUCGUUGGCUCGUCUUGGGCGCAGUCAGGCGUGGCGCAUUUUUUCAACUCCAUCCAGAGUAACGGCUACAAGCUACUGUAUCUGUCAGCACGAGCGAUUGGGCAGGCCCAGUUGACACGUGACUACUUGAAGAGCGUGAAGCAAGGACAGAUUUGUCUCCCGGAUGGACCGCUGCUGUUAUCUCCAGCCUCUCUCAUCAAGGCGUUCCACAGAGAGGUGAUUGAGAAAAAGCCUGAAGAGUUCAAGAUCUCGGCUCUUCGUGACAUACUCAGCUUAUUUCCCAACAAAAACCCAUUCUAUGGUGGAUUUGGGAAUAAAAUCAAUGACGUGUAUUCGUAUCGCGCAGUCGGUGUGUCCGUAUCAAGGAUCUUCACUAUUAAUCACAAGGGCGAGGUUACUAAUGAACUAACCACCACAUUCCAGAGCUCGUACCUACGCCUAAGCGACCUGGUCGACCAGAUGUUCCCUCCGUACAAAAAGCAGCAGGAUUCCAUGCGCCCCACGGGCCUAGUGGCACCAGACGAGUUUAGUUCCUUUACUUACUGGAGAAACCCUCUCCCCCACGUGGAGAUCGAGGGAUUUGACAAAACGCAAGACGAGGCAGACACUAUGACAGCUAACUAAGGCGAGAAUCUCUUACACUGAGCCUAAGUUAUCCUCCAUCACUCUAGUCUACGUGUUUAUUACAUUUAAAAAAAAAACGCCCUCCCAACGUGGUGAAGCCGGAGAAGUCAAAUGUUGUCCAGAAUCAGACUACAAUAAUUUUUAAAUCUUCUUGAAAAUAGGUGUUCUUUUUUCUGAUGUCAAUUAAAAGAUAGUAAUGGCUGAAUAAAAUAAUUGUGACUUGCGCCAGUUAAGCUUGAAGAAUGAUUAGAAAUGACAGCUUCAAUCGAUUCCAGUCGCAUGACAGAAUAUGACCGAGGAGAUGCGGACAUUUCAGAUUAUAUUCGGUAAAUACUGUAUUUAAUAAAAGUCUGAAAGAAUUAUCAUCUCCAGAGUUUUUAGAUUUGGAGGGUUUUAAUGUCUUUUUUUUCGGUUUAUUGUUUUACUGUAUUGAAUAAAAGUCUGAAAGAAUUAUCAUCUCCAGAGUUUUUAGAUUUGGAGGGUUUUAAUGUCUUUUUUUUCGGUUUAUUAGGAAGUAUUAGUGUAGUGCGCAAAUAAUUAAUAAUUAAUAAAUAAGUUUUGAAAGGGAGCACCCUAACUUGUUAGCUUUACUCGUUGUGUAACUCGAGUACAAAGUACGACUGACACAUUUUGCUCUACCCCCCUUAGUAAACUCUUUGUGACUGUCUCGUGACGUCAUUGAUAAUGGAGGAAUACGGGCGCUCUGCUGGUCAGACCCCAACCCUCAUUACAGUGCUGGUUGCCAGGGUGAUGACAUAGGCUGAUUACACAGGGUUCUUGAGUAGAAUCGUUUAGGAAGGGUGGGGGGUUAUGAAGAGCAAAUGUAAUGGAUUGAUGGAUUAAAAAGAGAGCGUACACGAGUGAGAUCAAAUAAAUGAAAUGAAUAAAA